AUGUGGGACAAAUAUAAUUUUAUCACUCCAGCAAAAGUUCGAGUGUUGUUGGUUCCAAUAAAUGAUUGCACUCCGUCCAAUUUCCAACGAUAUUUACAUUUAAUCCAAACAAAUGUCGGAGAGGUGCGAUUAUUGGAUAUCAGAGAGAACAACAAAUUGCAUUAUUUCAACUCUGUAACUUCCCCGCAAGGAAGAAUCUUCCCAGAGUUUAUUACCAGCUCCAUUGAUAACGAAUUGAUUUUCCUUCAUGAUUUUGAUCCAUUUAGAAAAACAUUCAUAGUGCUAGGGGUGGGACCAUAUGGGCAAGAUCCUUCGACGGCAUUAGUUGAAUUGAAAAAGAAAUAUAACACUGCCAUUGUUCACAAUGUUAUACUAUUUGACACCCCAGAAGACAAAUUGAAUGAACAAGUACCCGAGGUGUUUUUCCACAAUGGGACUACUAGUCAUUUGACAGCUCUAGAAACAAUAUUUUGCGAUAUAAGUGGGAAUUUUUUAGAAAAACUAGACGCAUAUGCUUCUGCAUAUGCUAAUAUUACAUUGAGGUCUCCUGUUUCGAUUACUGAUAGCCAUGUACUAACAAAAACUAUCAAUCAAGCACAGAAAAGAUUAAGUUCAGGGUCUACUUCAUUCAAGGUUACCUUUAACAACUCAACGACAACAUCAACUACAACACCUGGUAGUACAUUAGAGAAAUCCAAGACUCAUUUAAAACAUCUAGGCAGACAACGUAAGUUGAUGGGGAGCUUUUAUCUCUUGGCAGGCAAGUACCAUGAUGCAUUUCAAAAUUUUAUAGAGAGUUUGACAAGUCUAAAAAAAUCUGAUGAUUUCUUAUGGCUAGCAAGCGCACUUGAGGGGGUUGCUGUCAGUAUAGUGUUAAUGCAAUUCAUUGGCACAGCAUAUCAAUUACCUAAUCAAACAAUGAACCCAGUGCUACAGGUAUCAAAGAUACGAGGAAGUAUAGACACGGCGACAGUUCGGAAAACAUCUAUCGAUUCCAAUGUUUCUUCUCCCAGGAAUUCAAUUAACGGCUCAAAUGGGUUUGGUUUUAAUGCUUUAACCUCAGCAAUCCCUGACUUUAACAAUUUACCGGUGCAAGAACUUUUGAAGAUUAUCACUUCGCGGGUUGUGUACUAUUUUAGCAUGAGCACAAAUGAUAUUGAAAACAUGGUUCCUGAUAUUGUUUACGUGGAAAGCAUUUUACGAAGAAUUAAGCUAUUGAUUGGCAUUCAUUUUUCCAGUAGUAUGGAAGACAUAGUCAAGGGAACGAUUACACCUACACCAAACGGAUCAUUCCCGAAAAUUGAAAUCAUCGACGAGAUUGACAAAAUAUUCCUGCUACAAAUAACUGAUUUGAAUAUUGUGGAUCAAUGUAGAAUAUAUUCUGCCUUGGCAACAAUGUAUGCUGAUUUAGGAUUAAUGCGAAAGAAUGCAUUUAUUUUAAGACUUUUAAUAUCAGCAAUUUUGCCUCACUUAAGUUCUGGAGAGCUUCCAGCCCAGUCAAUUAAAGAAGUCCUUGAGAAUGUAUUUGUCUUGUAUGAUAUCUGUGAUGAACCUGAAUCAUUUUCUGAAGCAGCGAGGUUCCAUGGACAAAGCAACUGGACUUCCUUGCAAAUACAGCUUUUGAGAUUGGCUUUGAAAGUCGCAGAAAAUUUGAAUGACCAAGAGCUAUUGUUAAAGUUGUGCACAUUAUUAUUGACUAGAUACACACAUUGUUUGCCAACUGAUGACCAAAUCAAAUUGAAGAAUAAGGUGGAUCUGGCUUUGAAAUCAAAUGGUGGUCUAAGUAUUCCAUAUUGGGAUCCUUUUCUUGUUCGCAAAGUCAAGUUUGUAAAUUCAAAACCCCGUGGCAACUUAAUUCCUAUGAAAGAGACAUUGAACUCCAAUAAUUCACUGCAACCAUUUUUCGAUCCAUACACUAAAAAGGAAUCAGAUAAAGCGUUUGUUCCAACAUUGGUCAAAGAUGAUAUUUCUCAAUUGAAAGUCACUUUACAAAACCCAUUUGCAUUUGAAGUUGAGAUUCAUGAGAUAACCAUUGUUAGUGAAGGUGCACAAAUAGAAACGAUCAAAAGUUUAAUUCGACCUUUGGAAUCAAUAACAUCCAAACCUUCUUCUACUAUGCCGAAUGGAAAUAUAGUUAAUAAUAAAUUACGUGGUCAUCCUGGAAAAAAAUCGUCUUCAACAACCCUGGUAGUUCAUCAAGGUGUAUCGCACACGACGUCUACCAAUUCUGCCAGUACGUUUGUUCUUGCUCCAAGGUCAAUGGAAAGUGUUAUGCUUUCCUUCAAAGCAAUUUCGACAGGACAGGUUAAAAUUACUGGGUUUGAUGUAUCUAUUGGAAAUUGUCAAACUCAAUUCUUCCAUAUAAUAGACGAAGAGAAGUUUGAUCAUACAAUAAAAUUACAAAAAGUGAAUCAAAAGUCAAAACAAACUACAUCAGUGCUAGACAAAGUUGUGACUAACCUUCAAUCGCAGUCCGUUUUGGGUAGGGUUAUGACGAGCCUGUUGAGCUUAUCCAUUAUUCCACCACAACCGUCUUUGACUUUAUUAGAAAUUCUGGCAUCAAAUGGCUGUUUAAUGUUGCUUGAAGGAGAAAAACAUAAUGUAACCGUUACAUUAGCUAACCACUCCGCUCAGUCUAUUAAUUACUUGACUUUUUCAUUCUGGGACUCAAACAUCGAGUUUCUCAACAAGAAACUUACGAACCCAAAUCUAACUGCAGCUGAGGUUCACGAAUUGGAAUGGAAGUUACUUGUAUUCAAGCCUUUUAGAAUUUUGAAUAAAGACGUUAUAGGAGAAACGAUAAACCCAGGUGGGGUAGUCGAACUCCAAUGUGAGCUUACAAGCAGGAAGUUUAUGAAUGAACUGAAGAUAAUAUUGGAAUAUGCCCACAAAUCUGACACCGAGCAAAGCUUCAUGAAGAAUUUGAACAUUCCCUUAAAUGUGUCGGUAAUGCCAUCAAUAGAUGUUGUUGGCUGUGAAAUGUUGCCUGCCAUAAGCAUACUGGAUAAUGUGCCCCAUAGUAUUGGACAAGCAUUAAAGUGCGUUAAGAAUGUGGAUGACUAUUGUUUACUUGUACUUGAUUUGAGAAACUCAUGGGGGGAGAGAUUGGAAUGUAAUUUGAAAUAUAAUGAGUUUGAAUUGUCUGAACCAAUGCAGGCUGGGAAAACACAGAGAUUUAUAAUACCAAUCAAGAGAAUCGAGGUAGACAUCACCAAGACUAUACCUUCGUUACGUAACAAACAAUUUAUCAAAAACUAUAACAUAUCGGACGAAGAGGAGAAGCAUAUGAAGAAAUUGUUUUGGCUUAGGAAUUCCAUUUUGGAAAACUUAGUGGGGUCUUGGAAAUUGGGCAGGCGUCAUGGAGUAAUUGAUUUACGUCCAAUCAGGUUGACCACAAAAAUGGCAAAUAUCUUGUCCUAUGAAAACAUCCAGGUUCACAACACUGUGCUUACAGAUGAUGAUUUGCAAGUGGAUUCCAUUGGAAAAUCUUAUAAUUUAUCAACUGACCAAUUUUACGUGCUCAAAACGACUAUAAUCAACCAUUCAAAAAAGCCAAUUAAUGGAAUAGUGCGUCAAUUACCAUUUCCAAUACAUAAUACUCCUACAAAGAGUAGUAGUCUGCGUCCUCAACUUUCUAUCGAUAAGAAAAUGCUCGUCAACGGUACUUUACAGAAUAAAUUUCCAGAAAUUGCACCUGGAGAUCAACUAGUAUUAGAAACCAGUUUUGUCAUUAUUCAAAACGGUGAGUUUGAAUGGGGUACAGUAGUAGAUUUGUUCAGUGAUAAAAUAAUUUGUAGAGAACAACUUUACAUUACAGCAAAUUAA